CAGAUGCUCAACUCAUCGCCCUGACAUCACACGGCUAACAUGAAGCUCCUCCUGUUCAAGUUUCUGAUCUGCUUCGCGGCAGCUCUAGCAGCGCCGGCCGAUAAGCAGAAGAGGGACAUUCUGCCGGGCGAUCCACGCUACGUAACGGAGCACCAUCAAGAGCAGAAUCAUCACGAGCACGAGAAUGAGGUACAGAUCUCGAAAGCCGCCGGCGGCUACGUAGGUUCUUACUUGGUUCCAGACAACACAGAGGACAACUCAUUCCAGGUACAACCCCAAUCAUCCUAUGGACUGCCCAGCCACAUACCCGGCAAACCUUUGGGAACUGAUCUCUUCGCGUCCAGUGAUAUUGACAAAACUCCCGCCUCCGUCCUCGUGCCAUCCACCUCCUACGGAAUACCCGAUACCACUCAGAUUCUUAACAACAACUUCAUUGGAUCCAUCAUUGACGACAAACAGUCCGCCCUUAUCAAGACUACGGUCGACUUGAACACUGACUCUCAAGCACCGUCUGUCCAAGCGCCAAUUACUUCUUAUGACGUUAAGCACGAGGAACUCGUUAAUAUCCCACAAACUUCGUAUGGAACUCCCGUGGUGAAGACGACCAUUCAGGAACAGCCGAAAUUAGACACCGUGCAAGUGAAGACCAUUCCCGAGAUCCAUGACGUCCACGUGCAGCCAGCGGUCGUUCACAAGCACGUGGAAACUGCCAUUCCGCAGAGCGUCUCUCUUCCGCAGCUGAAGGUGACGGCGGCUCAUCUGCCCACCGAGACCCAAGGUAUCAUUCAUCAUAGCGUGCCCUUCACUUCGGCUUUCAACACCUUCCCCAGCUACAUCUCCUCGUACUCCUCAUAUAACCAUCAGAUACCCGUGAAAACUGUGGAUCACCAAGUGCAAGUGAAAGUACCGCACCCGUACCAAGUACCGGUGACCAAGCACGUCCCCGUCCCCGUUCCCGUCCCACACACCGUCGAAAUUCCCAAGCCCUACUACGUCCGCGUGCCCCAGCCUGUUCAGGUCACCGUGAAUCGUCCGUACCCCGUGGAAGUGCCCCGUCCGGUGCCGUACCCCGUCCCCCAUUACGUAAAAACCGGCGUUCCCGUUGCUCAUCAGCACCACUUGACGGUGGACACCAAGGCUACUCCGGUCCAGACCUUCUACCACAACGCCCAGACGACGUUCCCGCACGUGAUAUCGUCGGACCGUGCAUUCAUACCGGAAAUCGGUACCUUCGCCUCUGGUCCUCUGGAAGGCUUCCAGAACUUUUUCGAGAACUUCCCAUCCAUCCCCUCUCUGCCGUCCUUCCCGUCCUUCCCGUCUUUCCCGUCCUUCAUACCGGGAUUACCGGGAGGAUCUGGUGAAUCUCCCGCGGCACCUGCAGUGCAUCUGUCCUCUUCGAGCAGCGACACGGUUACGGUUGACAAUCCAGCGCUGAAGACCGAAAUCAUCAAGCCCGCCUUGCAGCCGAUCACGCAUCACAUCAAGCAGACGCAGCAAGCGUACAAGCCCUCCACCGCGUGCGCCGGAUGUACCGUCACCGCAGCCGGCUCCUCCAGCGCCAGCAGCAAGCAGGAAUACGUGCAACCCACCGAUGCCAACGGUGGUUACGUAUACUAGGAUGUUUAUCUUGUAAUAUGAACGUUUUGAAUAUAGGCUACUGGAAUUUCUUAGUAGAAAUACAUAUUACGCCGAAGAAUUAUUCAACUUGAUGACUUAUCCCUGAAGUGUCGAAUUGAUCGGAAAGUUCGCUCGUGCCUUUUCCUUAAUAACAGGUUAUUUUGAUAUUUAACUCUUCAAUAUACAAGAGAAGAAUGUUUGAAAACUUGCACUAGUUACUUUUCUGAUGAUACUCAUAUGAUACUCAAAUCAUACUGAUUAAAUCAAAGCUAUUGGAAAGAUCUUCCUUCUUCUAGGCAUCAACGAGGUACUAUCAAAGACGACCUAUUAAAGAUGAUUUAUCUCUGAUAAGUCGAUUUAUCUCGGAUAAGUUUAUCAAGUGGUUUCGAUACAUCUGAAAAUAAUUGAAGAAUGUAGAUAUUAUUGAUUGCCGACAUAAAUAUCUGACUAAUUAGUCUAUAAUAAAAUGUUAAAUUUGUAAGAUUA